AUGGAUUCAAUUGAUAUAACUGAAGAAGAGAGUAACUCCCAAAAGACAAUAUUAAAGAAAAUUGACCUAAAAAUUGUUCCUCUUGUAACCUUUCUUUAUAUGAUAAGUUAUCUAGAUAGAAUAAGUAUCGGAAAUACAAAGCUGGAGCAUUUGGAAAGCGAUCUUGGGUUAACAGAUAAUCAAUAUAAUUGGGCUUUGUGUAGUUUCUUUUUUGGAUAUAUACUCUUUGAAGUGCCAUCAAAUUUGAUAUUAUACAAGGUUAAGCAACGACUUUCGAUCUGGAUUUCUGCGAUUUUGCUUGCUUGUGGAAUAGUAAUGAUACUUAUGAUUUUCGUAAAAAACUUCUUUACGAUAAUGAUAGCUCGUUUUCUCUUAGGUGUUUUUGAGGCAGUAUUAAUUCCUGGAAUGAUAUAUUAUAUUACAAUAUGGUAUAGACGAUCAGAACAAAAUUAUAGGGUGGGCGCAAUUCUUUCGGGUCCUACUUUUGCUGGUGCAUUAAGUGGAUUAUUAUCGUAUGCAAUUAUUAGUUUAUUAGAUAGUAAGGCAGGACUGAGAGGUUGGCAAUGGAUCUUUUUAGCGUGUGGCAUAAUUACAAUUAUAGUUUCUAUUAUUGCAUAUUUUUUAAUUUUUGACUCUGUGGAAAAUGUCAAAUGGCUUGACAAAGAAGAGCGAAAACGUGUUAGUACUGGAAUUAAACGUGACGAAUUACAGUAUACUGAAGAGAUAACUAAAGAUCUUAAAGUAUGUGUAUCGAUGUUUAUAUUUUGCGGGAUUUCAGUUGCAACUUAUUCUUUUUCGUUUUUCAUUCCCUCAAUUAUUAAUGGAUUCGUCUUAUCUCAAUUAUUAGUAGUACCACCAUUCAUGCUUGGAUGUAUUUCAGAAAUAGGUGUUGCAUUUUUAUCAAAUCGUGUAAACCUUCGUGGUCCUUUUGUGAUAUUAUUUGCAUCAAUUGGAAUUUUUGGGUAUGCGAUCGUUGGAACAAUACAAAGUAACGCGAUUCGCGCGUUUCCAUGUCGUGCGACUUCUACCACAUGGUUGGCGAACAAUAUUGCACCAUCCUUAAAACGUAAUAUUGGUAUCUCAUUGACGGUUGGUUCUGGUGGUAUCGGUGGUAUAAUUGCUAGCCAAAUUUAUCGUUCAGUGGAUUAUCCAAAUUAUACUUUUGGUCAUCUUAUUUCAUCAAGUUGUUUAUUUUUGGCUGUCUGUUUGAGUAUAAUACAAUUUGCAAUAUUAAAAAAUAAUAACCAGAAAAUGAAAGUACAAAGGAAAAAAAUUAGACGAGCUGUAUCAUGGAACUUGGAGUCGGGUGAAUUUGUACCUGACUUAUAA